GGUUCCUCACAGAAAGUCCACAGGAUCCUCGCACAGCGCCAAUCUUACAGAAAAAUUUUGAAAGACCUAUCUUCUGAAGAUACACGAGGCAGAAAAGGAGACGGAGAAAACCCUGGAGUUUCUGCUGUCACCUCUAUGUCUGUCCCAGCUCCCAUCUAUCAGACUAGCACUGGACAGUACAUUGCCAUCACCCCAAAUGGAGCCUUACAGCUGGCCAGUCCAGGCACAGAUGGAGUACAGGGACUUCAGGCAUUCACCAUGACAAAUUCAGGCAGCACUCAGCAAGGAACAAUUCUUCAGUAUGCACAGACCUCUGAUGGACAGCAGAUACUAGUGACCAGCAAUCAGGUGAUCAUACAGACUGCAUCAGGAGAUAUGCAGAACUAUCAGAUCCAUACCACACCCUCAGCUACUUCACAGCCACAGACUGUGGUGAUGACAUCUCCUGUGACUCUUACAUCGCAGACCACUAAGACAGAUGACCCCCAAUUGAAAAGAGAAAUCAGGUUGAUGAAAAACAGAGAAGCUGCUCGAGAAAGCCGCAGAAAGAAGAAAGAAUACGUGAAAUGCCUGGAAAACAAGAGUUGCGCUAAAGACUGAAAUCAGAACUAAACCCUGAUAGAAGAGCUAAAGACUUUGAAGAACCUUUAUUCCCAUAAAAGUGUUUGAUUUUUAAGAAUGUUUUGUGGACUUGCCUAACAAUUAAAUGGAUUUCUUUGUAGUGGAAUCUAUAAAUUAAAAGAUCAAAAAAAUGAAGCAUUUUUAUCUAGGUGUUUUCAACUCAACUUAUACAAGAGAUCUUGUGACAGAGGAUAAAGUGGAAAGUGGCCUCAAAGAAGUUACUGACAACUGGAAACUGUAAAAAAAAAUCAAACUUACUCAAGAAACAGAAAGCAAACCAUCAGUUUGAAUGCUCGAAAUAACAAUAGUUGUCAAUAAUCUAGAAGUGGCAGAUAAAAUUUAGUAAGUUGAAUUUUUAAAAAAUUAAUCAAUUUACCUUGUAGUUUGAAUUUCUUCAAGUUUACCUUUUUUCAAU